UUUAGUAACAAUUGUCACUGUCCACCAGCUCACCGAACAGGAGUUAUGUCACCUUUAACUGCAUAUCGAUGUUGUACUACAACAAACGAUAGCUAAAAAAUUGUCGACAUCUCUAUUUCAUAAAGCCAACAGCUGAUAAUCAUAAAUUUAUUUGGUAGACAAUGAAUUGUUUACAUUUGAUUUUAUAAAGACAAAAAUUGAGUGAACAAAAUAUAAACGCGAUUUGGUUGUAAACAAUUCAAAACCACAAAGUUUCCAUAUAAAGUACAUUUAUCAUAACAGGCCGUUCAUCUAUUAUUGACAAAUGGACGAAGUUGAUAAAAUUAUCGUCCACUCGCUGAAUCAGAUUGGUUGCCACAUCGAUGAUCAGUGUACUAUGGCUGACUUCACGCCUACUCUACUGGUACGCACAGUAUCGCAAUGCUUGAAAAAAAUUCAACCAUUAUCGACAAAUAUACCACAAGAACUACCAGAAGGCCUUGCUAUGGCACAGCGAUUCUCUAUAGCUACUACGAUGUCAGCAAUUAUAUCCAACCUUAAUUACCGUGGCGACAUUGGAUAUCAGACUUUUUUAUACCCCAACGUGGUAGAUGUUCGUAAAUUAUUAAUGUUUCUUAUAGAAAAAAUUCCGCGCGAUGAAGUGAAAACGGUAACCCAAGUCGGAUCUUUUUCCGACGACUUGGACAUUUGGCGUAAAAAUGUUAAGGAGACAAUUGCACAACAGUUACGCAAACCAUGGAUUCCGCAAUACUGCCGUAACGUGGCUCCUGCACGAAACUUUGGUUUCGGUAGUCAGAUAACCCACUUUAAACCACAUCACAAUCUGAUGCUGUAUGCUAAAAAGUUACCAUUACAAAAUGAUUACGCUACACAGCAUAAAAUAAUGAACAUUUUCCAACAAACGGCGAAGCAGGACUUUGAUCUCAUAAGCUCAGUACUACAUCAAAAUUCUUUUGAUUUAUAUUUGAGCGAAGUUAUAACAAGCGGAGGGCAAUUGAAGAUAUCUCCCCAAGAAAAUUAUCUUUACAUCGCUGGUGCAGGCGAAUCUGGAAGUCCAACCCUAAAUGAUCUACCAGAGGACAUAAACCCUCUUAGCAAACUUACAGCGGAGCUUAACAAUCUUAAGGGUGAAAAUGCUGAGCUUCUAGCUAAAAGAAAAAUAUUAAUAAACAAUAUAAACAGCAUGAAAGAUCAACAAAACUUAGUUCAGAAAGAAUUAGAAUGUAUUCGACCAGAAGUAAAAAUACAUGAACGUGCUUCCUUGGUUUUGGAUAAUCCCAAAGAAAAUAUAGCCAAAUUGGAAACCCUCAUUCAAACUGUUUUAGAACGCCGUAAAAACUUGGAUCAGCAAUGGCAAGACUAUCGAAAGCCCAUGUUGGACAGAAUUGAGACUAUGAAAUGUGAGAAACAUCUAAGCAAUGCUAAAAAUGCAAAAGAAUUUAGUGAGAUAAUCAAACAGCUGGAGCAAGAUUUGUACGAAAAGAAAGUACAACACAACCAACUUAGCGCUGAGUUGAGAGCGGUUGGAAAUGAUCGAGCAGCGCCGCGCAAUGAAUACAUACAUAGAAUUUUGGAGUUCAUUUCCAAUAUACGAAAGCAACGUAACGAUAUUUACAAAGUUCUAGAUGACACAAGAGAUCUACAAAAGCAGUUGAACUCUAUUUCCGCACAAUUACAACGGCAAUUUUGUUAUACAGAUGACCUACUUUUUCAAACAGCUAAACACGACGCCCAUUCCAAAUUAGCAUAUAAACUUCUUGCCACACUACACUCCACUUGCAAUGAGCUUGUUGAUCUUGUAGCGAAGACCGGAAAUGUAACAAAUUCUUCACGCGAAAUAGAGGUACAAAUUGACCGCGAGAAAACGAAAAAUGUAACAGAGAGCCUCGAACAAAUAACAGCAGACAUACGAAACUUCGAGAAUUUAAUUCACAACAUUCAGACCGAAAUACGAGGAAUUGAAAACGAAAUUUCAAAGGCUUAAAUCGUAGGAUAUUUGUAGUU